AUAUAAGGCCAAUUUAUGAGUUUGAAAUAUCUGAUUGGCUGCUGCGGAGGGGGCGGUGUCCUACUGGAAAAACGGAAGUGCCAUUGUUUUGGUCGACGAAGUGAGCAACUGAGGAAUGGAGGCGAAGCCAGAAAGUCACAAGCUGAUUUUUGAGAAGGAGGGGGUUUAUCUCCACACCAAUGCCAAGAGAAGUCAUCAGGACACAACCGUACCUGGUUUUAUCCGGAUAGUUGAACGGGAUGGAGAGCCAGCACUGGAAUGGAGCCCUGUUGAGGAUGACGGAAGAAACACUCCUGCUGUCUUAUACACAAAGAAGGACGGAGAGGACGGGGAAGAAGAGACCAAGUUUGACCCAGGCUAUGAGCCAGACUGGGCCGUCAUUAGUACAGUCAAGCAGGAGAGACGGCAAGAGCGUCUGCCAGUUAAAGAAACUGGUCACUGGGGCGCUUUCUCUUUACCCCUGUCAGAGCUGUACUCCCUGCGGAGGGCUCGCUUUUCUCUGGGCAGGAACUUCCUGGUGCUGACCACCAGAGGGAGUGCUUCUCUCCCUCCACUGCAUUUCCGUAGAGGGGGCACUAGAGAGCUGCUGAAAGCCAUGCAGCGGUAUAUUCGACUUGCUCCGUCUCCCCUGGAUGGUAGGCUCUUUCUGGCACACCCACAUGAUUCUGGAGCCCUAUCGCAGUCGUUUGAUGAGCUGCACCUCUUUGAUGAUACCAGUGGAGACCUUGUCUCUAGGUUUAUUCAGGACCCUUAUGCGACCACAUUCGGGGGGUUCUCCAAAGUUACUAAUUUCUUCCGGGGAGCAAUCAGACCUCCAGAGUCGACCCUCGGUAACCGUUCUCCACAGGAUGCUUUAAGUCCGCAUCUGGCUGACGAGGAGCCAGGCUUUGAGCUCAUUACCUGCGGGGCGGAGCUCGGCCCCAGACCGGAAGUCAAAAGAGGAAAACCUUUGGAUAAUUGGGAUCAGUUUUUGGAUUCAGAAGGGCGUGUCACUGAUCCACAGCGAGUCAAGGAGCUGGUGUUUAGAGGGGGCAUUGUUCCAUCUCUGCGGAAGGAGGUGUGGAAAUUCCUCCUGGGAUUCUACCCGUGGAAGAGCACAACCAAAGAGAGAGAGGAAAUUCUUCUGGUCAAAACAGAUGAGUAUUUCAGGAUGAAGGUUCAAUGGAAAUCAGUUAGUGAAGAGCAGGAGAUGAGGAACUCUCUCUUCAGAGGAUACCGUAGCCUCAUAGAAAGGGAUGUGAAUCGAACAGACAGGCAGAAUUCCUUUUUUUCUGGGGAUGAUAACCCAGGACUUGUUCUCCUACAUGAUGUGUUGAUGACAUACUGCAUGUACAAUUUUGACCUAGGUUAUGUCCAGGGAAUGAGUGAUAUUCUGUCUCCUCUCCUCUUUGUCACUGAGAAUGAGGUGGAGUCCUUCUGGUGUCUGAAAGGCUUUAUGGAUUUAUUGCAUCAAAACUUUGAGGAGUCUCAGGAGGCCAUGAAACAACAGCUCCUUCAGCUCAGCAUCCUACUGAAAGCAAUUGAUCCAGAGCUAUGUGACUACCUAGACUCACAGGACAGUGGCUCACUUUGUUUUUGUUUCCGAUGGUUAUUAAUUUGGUUUAAGAGAGAGUUCACUUUUGAAGACAUCUUGAGUCUGUGGGAGGUCUUUUGGACACGGCUGCCUUGCGAAAACAUUCACUUGCUAAUGGCCUGCUCCAUUCUUGAGUCACAAAAAAAAGAACUCAUUGGCUCAAAUCAUGACUUUAACUCUAUACUUAAGCACAUUAAUGAGCUGUCAAUGCAGAUGGAUUUUCAAAAAUUGCUGUGUGAUGCAGAAGCCAUUUAUUUGCAGCUUACCAGUUGCAAGGAGCUUCCUGUAAAAGUACAGGAAGUCCUCGGAAUAUAUAUCCCGUCAAGCUCAGCAGAUGAGAGUCCAAAUACGGAGCACAGAGAGACUGACACCCUGCUCAGCCAAUCAGAGGCCAGAGGAGCUACAUCCUGCCAGCCAUUUAAUGGGCAGACACCAAAGCGCCCACCUCCUACAUACCCCUAAUUCCAGGGAUUGGCAGUUGACCAGGAAGUUAGAAUAUUAACUGAAAUUUAAUUAUGAAAAUAUUAGUUUAUGAAAUACUGACAUUGAUAUAUUUAAAUGUAACUUAGAGCUGCAAAACUAUUGCAACUUAAUAAAUGUUGAUAAGACGUUCAUACUGUACUUUCCUAAGAAGGGCAGAAUUAUUUUCAGCAUGCUGUUCGGUGUGUGAAUGACUGUGGGCAGAUAAAGAAGGAACUUGUACAUCAUGUGAUGACUUUAGGAUGUGCAUAACUGUUGCAGCUCACAUAUUAAUAUUUACGAAAUUGUAUAUCUCGUUGUUGGUGUGGUUAUGUAUUUUUAUUUUAGUUCUUUUUCUUUAAGCAUUUGUAUGCUAGUGUACUGUAUAUUCCAUCUGUUAUGUUUCUUUUCUCACGUUAGCAAUUGUAAACGCCACAUUUAAUAAAAGCAUAAUGCUGUGCAUGUAAUGUUACAAGAACUUGUAAUUCUCAUAUUUACAUAUAUAUAUAUAUAUUAUAAAUAUAAAUUACUUAUUGUGUUAUUUUUUUAACCAUAGUGCAAUUGUAUGCUUUUCAUAUGGCUAAAAGAAAUCCAAUAAAACCUUUAAAAUUUG